AUGGUUGCAGAAGAGCUCCUCGAUAAAUGCCUGGAAAUCCUUCAGGAUCAGGCUCUGGAUGAUGAGGAACAGGCGGAGAAAGUCGAGGAUUUCUUACGCGACAACUCGUCACUGUCUGGCUCCCCGUUGGAGAACGCAGUACUGGACAUAUUAUGGCGGCAUCGAAAUCGAACUCUCCCCGACUCUUCUCCUCCACCCCAGCGCCAUACAGUCAUUCGCAGGUCAUCUCCAGCACCAUGGCAGAUGGCAAGGUCCUCAACCCCUAUGUCCCCCUCAAAUCUUGGGACCAGUCCUAGUACCUCGUGGGUCCAGAGUUCGCGCGGGGCAUUCUCCCGUCCCCCACUAUCCUCAACAGUAUCCCCAUUUACAUCACCACGCCCUUCGCCUCGACUUGCUCUCGCACAGCCCAUCCCUCACUCGCCAAACUUGAAUGCUUAUGAAUUUUCGGAUCCAAGCCAAUUCUCUGAAUUUUACGGAGAUUUCGGAAAUGAUAGUGUUGACUGGCUGGUGGGAGAUGAUGCGAAGAGCACCACCUCAUCAAUAGGCGGUCUCAGCGUUUCUGGAUCACUGAGCGCUACCGCAGCAGAAUUUGUUCCCGACAUGAGCCCGCAUGAUAUUUUGCGCACUGUACUCGGUGAUAAACGAUCAAACGAUGAAAUCGAAGCAGCACUUGAAGCAAAUGGCUAUGAUCUCGCUGCAACAAUUUCAUCCCUUUCUCAAGACACAGAUACAGACCCGUUCCCCAAGCAAAUGGAUGAUGGUCGUAUUCUUGUCGGUAAGUCAAUGGCCGUGGAGCAAAUGCGGCCGAUCACACCGCUGGCGCAUGGUCGCAGUCCAGUUGUGUGCAAAUAUUUUCUAUCUACUGGUCAAUGUCUCCGUGCCGAUUGCCGCUUUAGCCAUGAUUUAACAAGCCAUUUAUGCAAAUACUGGGUCAUGGGUAGCUGCCUAGCUGGUGAUGGCUGUCCAUUCUCGCAUGAUCCGUCAGCUCUCGUUUCCACUCUCAGUGUUUCAGGAAGUAGCCGGCCAACUUCCCCACCAGCUGGCUCACCCUUCCAAGUAGAAAUCAGUUCAGAUGCGUUUCCACCUUUGCAGUCGACUGGAGGUUUGGAAGACCCAUGGGCAAAUCAAUAUGGAGGCCGGUAUCCAAUGCAUAUGUCUGGUCUUCCAGGGGGUAAAGUGCCACCUGGGCUUCACCCCGGUAUGGGUAGACGAAAUGCGUCACACUUGGGACGCCCCGGUUCCCGACCGAACAGUCGUCACCAGAACCGAGAUCUCAACUCUGCACCGUCCGUAGAUGAUCAAGACGCAUUUCCAACACUUGCCUCCGUCAGCGCUAAGAACGCAGGCAAAAAGCACCAUGGUAAGCGAGGUACUCACAAUCUUGACACCAAGGAGAACGUACCUUCUUCUCUAGCAGAUGUGGUUCGAAUGACUCCAUCACCUGUGCCCAGCAAGGGGAAAUCUGGCUCCAAAAAUGCCAAAGAUACCAAGAGUCGUGAGCACAGUGCAGCUGCUCAAUCCAUUCCUGCGCCACAGAAUAUCCCCUGGCUUGAAACCGGUGGCCGAGCUAACCAGCAGUAUAUCAAGUGUCGCACAGAAGCGAUUCGCCAUGGAACUGUUCGAAACAAAUUCCUACAAAGUGCGGCUCAGGCAUGGAACCGUAAUGACGCGCGUGCUGCGAAGGCCUUGUCUCUACGGGGACAGGCUGAGAACGACGCAAUGCGCCGCUGCCAUCGAGAAGCAGCGCGCCAGUUAUACGACGAGCGUAAUCAGCAUUUACUCCAGGCAGGCCUGGAGGAAUCCUCAGAGGAGCUAUACGUCGAUCUGCACGGUCUCCAUCCCGAGGAAGCGAUUGAAUAUCUGGAGAAGAUUCUCCUCAAGCAUGCACGCGAAGGUCUUCGGGUUGUCUAUGCUAUCACAGGAACAGGCCACCACUCGAAGAAUGGCAAGGACAAGAUUGGCAAAUCUGUCAAAGCCUGGCUCAACGAAUGGCGGUAUCUCUUUCGAGAAUUCAGUGUGCCCGGUGAAAGAGGCGGUUAUGUCGGUGGCAUCCUUGGUAUUGAUCCGACUAGUUAUGAUAAAUCUUUGGCUCGGAGCUUGGAGCGUGAAGAGGCCGAAGAGGACCGACAACCUACUCUUUCCGGCAAGAUUCAAUUGCUCAAGCGUCAGGAAAUAGAAACAAGAAACCAAUGA